AUGACAAACAAAUUUGAAUUCAUCAAACGACAAACAAAGAGUGAAUCCAUCAAACGACAAACAAAUAUUGAAUUCAUCAAACGACAAACAAAAAGUGAAUCCAUCAAACGACAAGCAAAUAUUGAAUCCAUCAUACGACAAACAAAGAGUGAAUCCAUCAAACGACAAACAAAUAUUGAAUUCAUCAAACGACAAACAAAGAGUGAAUCCAUCAAACGACAAACAGAUAUUGAAUUCAUCAUACGACAAACAAAGAGUGAAUCCAUCAAACGACAAACAAAUAUUGAAUUCAUCAAACGACAAAUAAAGAGUGAAUCCAUCAAACGACAAACAAAGAGUGAAUUCAUCAAACGACAAACAAAGAGUGAAUCCAUCAAACGACAAACAAAGAGUGAAUUCAUCAAACGACAAACAAAGAGUGAAUCCAUCAAACGACAAACAAAUAUUGAAUUCAUCAAACGACAAAUAAAGAGUGAAUCCAUCAAACGACAAACAAAGAGUGAAUUCAUCAAACGACAAACAAAGAGUGAAUCCAUCAAACGACAAAGUGAAUCCAUCAAACGACAAACAGAUAUUGAAUUCAUCAUACGACAAACAAAGAGUGAAUCCAUCAAACGACAAACAAAUAUUGAAUUCAUCAAACGACAAAUAAAGAGUGAAUCCAUCAAACGACAAACAAAGAGUGAAUUCAUCAAACGACAAACAAAGAGUGAAUCCAUCAAACGACAAACAAAGAGUGAAUUCAUCAAACGACAAACAAAGAGUGAAUCCAUCAAACGACAAACAAAUAUUGAAUUCAUCAAACGACAAAUAAAGAGUGAAUCCAUCAAACGACAAACAAAGAGUGAAUUCAUCAAACGACAAACAAAGAGUGAAUCCAUCAAACGACAAACAAAUAUUGAAUUCAUCAAACGACAAAUAAAGAGUGAAUCCAUCAAACGACAAACAAAGAGUGAAUUCAUCAAACGACAAACAAAGAGUGAAUCCAUCAAACGACAAACAAAGAGUGAAUUCAUCAAACGACAAACAAAGAGUGAAUCCAUCAAACGACAAACAAAUAUUGAAUUCAUCAAACGACAAAUAAAGAGUGAAUCCAUCAAACGACAAACAAAGAGUGAAUUCAUCAAACGACAAACAAAGAGUGAAUCCAUCAAACGACAAACAAAGAGUGAAUUCAUCAAACGACAAACAAAGAGUGAAUCCAUCAAACGACAAACAAAUAUUGAAUUCAUCAAACGACAAACAAAGAGUGAAUCCGUCAAACGACAAACAAACAUUGAAUCCAUCACAUGA